ACAGUUAAGUGCUGAGUAUUUAAUCUCUAGACAGCCAGCAUUACAGCCAGGUCUGCUGAGAUAUGGAAAACAGAACAGAGGAACCUUUGGCUCUGAUUGUGGAUUUCAGGCUCUGAGUUUCUGCAGGCAUACGUGAAGCAGACAAGAUAAUUAUUGUGGAAGACAGUGUUAAUGGAUCCUACCAUUGAAAUCCAGACAUUUUAAUCAAUUGAAUAUUUAACUUUUGAAGCUGCGGGCAUGUUUUGGACAUUUUUUACAUAAACAUAUAGAAAAUAUAGAGGGAGUACUACCCCAUCCAUAAUGUUGCCUGCAGUCAAGAUUUGAACUAACUGUUAGACAGUCAAAGUUUCUAGGAACUUUGGAAUUAUAUGGAAUUAUACCUGAAAACUGCAAGCUGGAGAGAAUGGAGUCAUUCAAAGAAAAUCUGUCUCAGGUAAAGCAGAGUCUACGGGAGCUUGAAAACUUGUAUAAAGAUGGCAAAGAUCGACAUGAUGCUACAGUGAAAGCCACAGAGGAAACAAUACGUCUUGCUCUGAAUAUCCCAGGGGAAAACUGGAGCAACACUGGUCAACCUCUGAAAGUUCUCAUAGAAAGCUUACAAAAGCUGGACAUUUUACAGAGUCCAUCAUAUUCCUGUGAAAUGAUUUCAGACAAGGACGUUAUGAAGAAUGCAUCUGGAGGACUGGCUUUAGAAGGAGUUUACAAAACCAGCAAUCUGGAGGACUUGCUGGAGAAACGAGAGCAGCUCAUUGCGAUUCCAGAGUCCCUUUCACUUACCAGUCCAAAACAAGAUUCCAUGUAUGAACAGAAAGAAUUUUCAUCUUACAAAUCCCAGUCAGUAUAUGAGAAAGUCAUUCAAAAACUAGGCUUCAGCUUGAGCACCUCAUUAAAAAUUGGAUAUGGGAGCUUUAGCCUUGGCUCUGCAGUAGAUGGAAAUAAAUUGAGUGAGAAAGAGGACACACAUACAAAUUCACAUGAAGAGUCAUACAUCUUACAAACAAAGCACAACUACAUCCCAUUGGCUUGCUGCUUUAUUGAGAAAGAGAUGCUUUUGUUAUCUGAUGGAGCCAUCAAUGCCCUUAAAGAAAUUGAAAUGCUCAUUUUACAUUCUAACAAAAGCAAAACAAUAAGAAACAAAGUUAAGGAUUUUUAUGAGAGAUUUGGCUCCCAUGUGAACCAGGGCCCUAUACACUUUGGAGGGAUUUUCCAGUGGAGAGCUUGUGCUGCAGGCUUCAGUAGCAGUGAUCUGUCAGAAAUGAAGAGGUUGACAUCUGAUGCUCUGAAUGCUUACAUUGGUGCUGGAUAUAGUGGGCCUUUUCUAAAUUUCUCAGGAACAGGAACAACUUCUUCUUCACAGCUUAUGGGAUCUUUUACCGGGAAACACAAAGAAACCCUGAUCAGUCAAGUGCAGCUCUCAGUCAGUAAAACUGGUGGUCCUGCUGAGGUUGAUAAUCACUUACAGUGGAAAUACCAUCUUGCCACUAGUAAUAAAACCUGGAGUGUUAUUGAUCGAGGAACGACACUGAUUCCUAUAUGGGAAAUACUCACAGCUACUCACAAAGAUGACUUCACAGAUGCUUUCAAUUUAAGCAGAAUAUUAAUGGAAACAUACGCAGAUAUCACUAAGAUAAAUGUGGAACAAGUAUUGGAAGAAGAUCUUUGUGAGGUAAAAAAAGCAAAACAAUUUAUUCAAUCAGCAAAGAAUUGGUCUGCCUCAGAAUGUGAAUCUCACUUGACAACAUUACUAAAAUUAAAAACCAGACUUCUUCAGAAAACAGGAUCCCACAACACCUGGAUUCUAGUAUGUCUCUCUGAUCAGAUUCUUCAGAACUAUCUGUUGGAAGUGACUACAGUAAACAAAAGUUCAAAAAUCCUGACUAUUUUGAUGCAAAAUCUGCUGGAACCUGAUCUUUAUAAGGUGGAAAACUUCCCAAACAGAAGUAAAAUCAUGAAUUGGAUCUACCAAAAGGAGGCUGACAAAGACAUUUCUGUUUCUGAGUUCUCAGAGUUGUACAACAGAUUGCAGCAUGCCAAAAAAGAACUAGAAGACAGCAGAUAUGUAUUAAGUUGUGUUGAAUAUGUCAGUGCCAAGAAGAAUGCUACUAGCACGGCAACCCUUUCACUGAAUUCAUGGUGCAAAACACUGAGAGAAAAUGAUCAGAAGGAAACAGAACUAUUGCUAGUAUCCAUAGCCACAGUCUUAGGAUACAACACUGAAGUCAAAACAUUUGAUCAUGUUCUGAAUUUAAAUGAAAUCAAUUUCUUGCUGACUAAACUACAGGAUGCAUUUAGCAGGUACUCCUGUCUGAAAGAACAGUGUGCCACCAGGGCUCAGGCCUACCUGUUCCUGACAGCUUUGACUCUGUCCAAUGACGAGGACAUACAGAUCUCCAACAAAGAAAAAAGAAAAAGAUUACAGCUCAUACAGACACAACUAAAAGACAACAUUUCCUUUGCCAUUAAAUCAGCAAUUGAAAACAGCCAAGAUAACUGGCAGUUGCUUGAGAAAGCACUAUACUCCAUCGAAAUGGGUACCCAUAAUAGUGAUGAACAUCCAAUGUUAGAGGAGUCUGUUUUCCACCUGGAGAAUGUGCUGCUAAAGCAACUACCAUCUGUAUCAGAGAUUGAGCAUGCACAUGAGCUGAACACAUCUGGAAAUAACACUGCAGGUGUAAAAAUGGACAGCUUUAUGCAUUUGCUUGAAAAGUUGGGCCUAAGUGGUUCUUAUCCCAAAAAGAUGACGAAAAAGGAUGUUCUUGUUAUAAACAGUUUAUCUCUGAGUAUAAAUGAGCCUACAACAGAGAAAGAAUUGAGCAACCUUUAUCUCUAUAAGCUCAUGACUUUAGACUACCAAGCCAGAUAUCUUUGUGUAAAACCUGAGACAGGUAGCAUGUCUUUAAAUGAUAGUGGAGUGACUGCGGAGGAUGAUGAAGAUUUUUUUGAUAUUGGUGACAAAUCCAUCCAGAGUGUGAGCAGCAAAAAGGAACAAAUUCAUCCAAUGGAUAUUCAUAUGGCCAUUUUCCACUGCUCAAAUGACUUUUUGCGACAGUAUAUUUUUACUAAACUCUCUGCUUCUCAGUUUGGCCUGCCCAUUUUAGUACCCAUUCCCUGUACAGAAGAGGUUGAAUUUCCCCUCUGGGCAUUGCGGCACAUCAGUAGAUCAUGGCAAAGUAAAAAUGGAUUGACAUCUGGAAAGUAUAAUAACAGGCAAAUGUUCAAUACUCCAGUGCCAAUUGUUUCCUUCAUCAGAUUAGGAUCAUCAAAUUACAACUCUAAAUCCCAGAUAUUGAAUGAUGUCAUUAGCAAACAGAGACACAGUGUUUUUUUCCAUCGUCAUUGCAGGGGCAGCACUUCAAACAGCUUGCUCAUGAAUGGAGUUGCGGAGAUUACAUGGUACUGUCCUGGAGGGAAGGGAGAUGACAUAUUCAAUGACUGUGUGGCCUUUCUGAACCUUCAUGGUGAUGCAGCAGAGCAUCCAAAACAACUAGAGUUUCUUCAGGCAGUGAGUACUGUCAAUGUGCUUCUGCUUUCAGAGCAUGCUAUGAGUGAAGCUGCAAAAAAGAUUUCCCAGGAAAUUUGCAAGUCUCCUGUCCCCUUGAUCUGUCUCUUCUCAGGGAAGGAACACAUUCAGGAGUCAAAAAAUCCUAGAACGGUGAGAAUAGCUGCAAAGAACAGGAAUCAAGCUGAGUUAACAGAUGAACUGACUUCACAAAUCAAACAGUGCAUCUGUUUAAAUAAACAGACUACAAGCCUUGAAGGCUGCAGUACAGCAGCAAGAAAACUACAGUUCAAAGUCGAUGAAGAUAAUAAAUCAUGUCAGGAUGCUUAUUCACAAGCUAAGAAGUUAACCUGCCUUUUGAAGAAGGGAAAUGUGCCUAGUCUCAAGGAGAGGUUUUUGCCUUUGCAAGGUGAACUGUGGCAUGAUUGGUGCAUAAAAGACAAAGAGCAGUAUCGCCUGCGAGUCAAAGAAAAGGAAAGCCUUGAACAGCAGUUGAGUAGAAUAUCAGCUGAGAUGGCAAGUAUUCGUUUGAGACAACUGGAAACUCCUCUCAACGAAUUCAUGAGAUUGUUCUUUGAAUGCUUAACAUCAUCAGAUAAUACUGAAGACACAAUUUUAUACAGGUUGCAGUGGCUCAGAAUCCUCCUGGAUGGCAUUAGCACUGAAGAACUUGCAGAACUUGAAGAGGACUAUCUCUCAACCUGGAGAAAAAUAAGAGAAGCACAAAAGGAUAAGGAAAAAGCAACACAUGUACAUCGAAUGCAAUCAAAUCUCAACAGCAUAUGUGACAAAGUGGUCACUGCAACAGUUGGCCUUCAGCAUCUAAUGAGAGAGGUUGGCCAACUCUAUGAGGCCAAUCAAAUGACAGCAAAAGGAAAAGAAAACACUAAACAAUAUUCCAGCUCUCUUCCAGAUAUAGGAGUUAAAAUGCUUCGUUCUGGAUAUCCACUUGAACUAAUGGAUGGAGACACUGCCCAUGUGCCUGUUAAGUGGAUUGAGGCUGUUCUGGAAAAACUCAUUGAAACAUGUGGUGACAAAAAGUUAUGUGUUCUGUCCAUAAUAGGGCUUCAAAGUUCUGGGAAAUCCACACUGCUGAACACCAUGUUUGGUGUUCAGUUUUCUGUGAGCGCAGGAAGGUGCACCCGGGGAGCCUUCAUGCAGCUCAUACCGGUGGACUCCAGCAUCAGAAAUCAACUUGGAUAUGACUUUGUCCUCAUUGUGGACACAGAGGGACUCCGAUCACCAGAGCUCAGUACAAAGCAAUCAGUGAGCCACGACAAUGAGCUUGCCACUUUCGUCAUUGGAAUUGGUGACAUGACAAUAAUCAACAUCAUGGGGGAGAACGCCUCUGAGAUGCAUGAUAUUCUUCAGAUUUGUGUGCAGGCUUUCUUACGAAUGAAACGGGUUAAAAUCUCACCAGGUUGCAUUUUUGUACACCAAAAUUGUGCUGAGGCAUCAGCUGGAGACAAAAACAUGGAGGGAAGACGACGUCUUCUGGAGAAACUGGAUGACAUUGCGCAAAUGGCAGCAAAGGAAGAGAAUAUUGAAGGCAUCAGUGGCUUCAAUGAUGUCAUAAAUUUUGACGUUGAGACACAAGUGUUCUAUUUCAAGAAUCUUCUUGAGGGAGACCCUCCCAUGGCGCCUCCAAAUCCUUCCUACAGCCAAAAUGUUCAGGAGCUGAAGACAAAGCUUCUAACACUUUCUAAGUGGCAGGCAAAUCAUAACUUUCCGUCAUUGUCAGAAUUCCAAUGGCGGGUUUGUGACCUUUGGCAAGCACUAUUGAAGGAGAACUUUGUGUUCAGUUUCAGAAACACAGUUGAAAUGAUGGUGUACAGUGCUCUAGAAGAAAAGUAUGCAGCAUGGUCAUGGAAACUGAUCAAAUAUGCCCUGGAUCUUCAGAGUGAACUGAUCAACAAAAUUGGCAGCAACUUGAUUCAGGACGUAAAUGUAGCAGAUCUGGAUUUUGACAAAGUCUACAACUCACUGCAAAGUGACAUAGAAAUGUAUUUCAAGGAAGACAAGAACAAAGAGACCCGCAUAAAGUGGAAGGAGAACAUUAUCAGACGCUUUGAAAGCCUGAAGCGUGAGCUCAUUGAUGGCACUUUAAUGAAAUGCCAAAAAUUAUUAACCUCCAAGAGAAACAGAUCAGAACUGGACCAGAAGAGAAUCAAAUACACAGAGGAGCUGACCGAAAAGAGCAAAGAUUUGGCAUCCAAACUAAAAAUGCAGCAUCUGGAGGAGGAGCAAGUGAAGAUGAAAUUUGACAAUCUCUGGGUUUCCUGGACAGAUGAAGUUUUGAACACCCAGCCACCUGAGGAUCGCACUAAUGUAAAAGCUGCAGUGGAAGAAGUUCUCCUGAGGAAGUUUCAGACACAUCCAAACAUCAUUCAGGAAGUACAAAGUGAGAAGAGAAUUUUCGAGUUUGAUACAAAAAGUCUCAUUCAGCAAAAGUGGUAUAAAAAGUGGUUUAGCCAAAGAGAUUUAAUACCCGAAGUACAAAAUUUGAAAGAGAAACUGAUUUAUAAGAUAGAGGCAUACAUCACUGCCAAAGAAGACGAGAAGAAUGAUUUUGAUAAAAAUUUCAUCUAUGAAAUAUUAUCAGGCAUUGAAGAGAAAAUCACUGCAUUUGAGAAAGAGAAAAAUCUAUCAUUCACCAAUGCAUUCAACGUGAGCUUGUCAGUAUAUCUUUGCUUGAAAUAUGUUUCAAGGUUUCAGAGAAUGCAUGAUGAUUUCAAAACUGCGAACCAGCCGCUGACAUAUCUGCAAAGCCAAAGAGACAAUUAUUUACAAUCUUUCAAAAACUAUUGCAAAGGAGCCAACUCUGUUACAAUAUUUGCAGAAUUUUUUUGUAAGCACAUCAAACCAGAGGUUUUGAAGGCAGCAAAUGACAAAGUCAGUCGACAAAUUGCAGAUGAAAUGAAAACCAAUAAUCAAGCUCUCAAUGGCAACCGAUCAAAUCUAGAGAAGCAUGUACUGAAACAUCUGGCAAAAAAGGAGUGCUUCGAGUCCUAUGAGGAGUAUCUUGAUUAUCCAGAGAGAUACUUAGAAAAAUUUAUCCAGGAAAAUGUAAAAGGUUUUUGUGCAGAUAUCAAGCUGCAUAAAAUGUACCAGGAUCAUUUGGAAACCCUGAAAAGACAGAUCAUAACAGCAAGUACAGAGGUUACUACAAAAGUGGCUGAAAAAAAAGGGAGUGCAUCCAUGUGGCUUACCGACAUGUGUGAAAAUGUGGGGAAGCUCAUAGUAAUAGACAGGGAUGAAUUACAUAGCAUUAAAGAGGAACACAUUGAAGACUGGCAGUUUCUCAAAGACAUGAUGGCUACGUCUCUGGAAGAGAUGAUAAACGAUGAAAAGGAGAUUGAUAUGAAUUCUUUAAGAAAAACGUGCACAAGUAUUCUGUUUCAGCAACUCCAGGGGUGCUGGGCACAGUGUCCUUUCUGCAAAGCCAUCUGCACAAACACCAUCCCCAACCAUGAUGGAGAACACAGUGUAACGUUCCACCGUUGUGAUGCACUUGCUGGCUGGCACUACAAGGGCACAGAUCAUUUUUCAGUCAAUUUCUGCACCACAGCUGUCAGCAGUGAUCAACAAUUCAUUCCUCGUUGGAAUGAGGAUAAGAGCAUCCCCUACAAGACCUACAGAAAAGCUGGAGACCCUUACAAUAAAUGGAACAUUACUCCAGAUGGCAGUGUGCAGCGCUACUGGAAAUGGUUCAUCUGUAAAUUUCAGGAACAAUUGGAGAAUAAACAUAAAUUAAAAUUUGUGGGUGCUGGUGCAAUCCCAAAUGAAUGGAAAACAUUCACAAAAGAAUCUGCUUUGGCAGAGUUAGUAUAAUUGAGGAUGAGCACACUUGCACCCAGCUUGCAUAACGUAAUUUAGUCUGCCAUUGAAAUUGAACUACAUGUUAUGCAGUGGAGUUACUUAAGUUAAUGUUUUAUAUAGUGCAGAACAAUCUGCUAAUCUAACUGUUUUACUGGAGGUGAAAGGAGUAUGAAAAGUCCUGCUAAAAUGAGGUCCUGAACAUUUUGACUGUUUUUGUGCAUACAAUUAGAUAAAUUUUGGACAUUUAUUUUGGACAUAAUAUAACACUUCUUUCUUCACAUUUUAGUGUGAAUUUUUACAAAAUCACUAAUACCACAGAAAGAACAGUAAUCAGACAGCUAGCCUAGCAUAGCAGCAGAUACAAAAAACAAGGAAAGCGACAGUUUGCAGGACAAAAAAGGUCAGCCAGGGAAGGACUUUCUGAAGGAGGGACUAAAAAUAAAAAUUGAGGACAUUCAUCAACAAAAAAGAGAGCAGAGAUUGAAUAGGGUGGAGAAGCUUCUGUGGUUGGGACGAGUGCAAACCAAUCACCCGGAUGGCAGGAAGUGCAAGUCGCCUGUUGUCCUGUUGGCUGCAGUGUAGGACUUUGAACCUGACCCUGGCAGAAACCACAGACAACCACAGAAAGCAGACAACAGAACCACAGAAAACAGACAUUUGACUAUUUUGAUAAAUCAGAAUGACUCAGAAAUGUUGCAAACAUAAUGUGAUCACAUCAAUAAUCUUCAAUGUUCAUUGUGCAUGUAUAUGUUAAUUCUUUUUUAAAAUCUAUAUUUGAGGAAUAUAAAACAUUUUAUCAAAAUGUGACAGCCCUACCAUAGGUCAUUCUAUUUUUUUUUUUUUUUUUUACAUUUAAUUAACAAAGUGUAAUUCUCUUUUCAAUAUAUAUCAAAGUGUGAUUUUCUUAGAUUUGUUGAGUUUUCUAUAUUAAUGAAUGCAAUUGUAUAUUAAUUAGAACCUGUUCUACAUUAUGACAUAACCAUAUAUAACCAGCAAACAUGCAAAGGAACCUCCCUAUCAAAGACAUUAGGGAUGAAUAAAUGCUUGCAAAGAUGAACAAGAUUCAUAGAUGAUUGGGAGUAGAAAUAACGAAAAUGUCUUAUGAUUUACUUUUUAUUAUUUUUAAGUAUUCAGUAGUUUGACUUGUAUUAUCCAUAAGGGUUUUAUGUAAUUUUAGAUACCUUUAUUGAACUGUCAAAGUGUUCAUAGAAAAUGUAUGUCUUAUGAAUUACAAUUAAAUUAAAUGAUAUUCCAACUUC